GUUUUCACUUCCCAAAUCCCCCACAAUCCUCUAAGCUCCAGACUCUAAAAAAUCCUGGACCUCCAUCCAAUCCAAACCAUCUUAUCUCCAUAACCCAUUUUUAAGCUCUACUAUUUCUUCUACUCACUUCAUUUUUCCCACUAGAACUCCAUAACCAAGAAGUUUUGGCCGGCCCAGAUGAGCUUUCAGAAACUUGAAGCUCUCAACUCUGGUAUCCUUAUCUUUCUGGGUGUUGUCGUUUUGAGCUUCUUUAAUCUUGGGCGGUGCCAAGAUGUUAGAGACUAUGACCAGUUCAACAAUUCUAAGGUUCUUCCUCUUAUCACAGAGGCUGCUUAUAGACGUCUCUCCGACCUCACUGAUCAUCUCAGUCGUGAUCUUGGCAACCAGUUUAGUUUCUGCAUUAAGGAUCCGCAGGAUGAUUGGAACCGGGCAUUUAAUUUUUCCAACAAUUUAGACUUCUUGUCUUCUUGCAUUGCAAAAACCAAAGGUGAUAUUGCAAAUCGUUUGUGUACUGUAGCAGAAAUGAACUUCUACUUUAAAAGUUUGUUUCCCGGAGCUCUGACUGAUAAUUAUUUAAAACCCAAUAGGAACUGUAAUUUAACGUCUUGGGUUUCUGGUUGUGAACCGGGAUGGGCCUGUAGUGUUGUUGAUCUUGAAGAGCCAGUUGACCUUAGAAAGUCAGAGGACAUGCCUGCGAGAACUCAAGGCUGUGACACUUGUUGUGAGGGCUUUUUCUGUCCUCAUGGUAUUACAUGCAUGAUACCUUGCCCAUUGGGUUCUUAUUGUCCCCUUGCAACACUCAAUAAAACAACCGGUGUAUGUGAACCAUACCGGUACCAACUACCUCCAGGAAAGCCAGAACAUACUUGUGGAGGGGCUAACAUUUGGGCUGAUGAUGGGAGUAGUAGUGAGGUGUUUUGUCCAGCGGGAUCAUAUUGCCCUUCAACAACAAAAAAGUCUAAUUGCAGCAGUGGACAUUAUUGUAGGAUGGGUUCUACAUAUGAGCAAGGUUGCUUCAAGUUGGCCAGUUGUGAUCCAAAUACAGAAAGCCAAGACAUACAAGCAUAUGGGAUGCUGCUUAUAGCAGCUUUAGGUAUUCUUCUACUGAUUAUUUACAACUGUUCUGACCAAGUUCUAACCACUAGACAAAGGAGAUUGACUAAAUCCAGAGAAGCAGCUGCCAGAAGUGCAAAGGAGACGGUCAAAGCACGCCGGAGGUGGACAUCUGCCAAAAAUGCUGUCAAGAAGCAUGCAAGUGGAUUGCAAGUUCAAUUAUCUCGCACAUUUUCUCCAAAAAGAGAUGCUACAGAUCCCGAGAAACACAAGAUUUUGGAACAUUACAAUCCUAAAAGUGAUGAUGAUAUGUCAUCUACAAAUUCAACUGAUUUUGGUAUAUUUAUGACCUCAUCUGUGCAAUCAGAAGGAAAGCUAAAGGAACAUAGGGAUCUCAUGCAUAGAAUACAUGAGAUUGAAGAAAAUCCAGAGAAUUUUGAAGGUUUCAGUUUUGAUAUAGCAAAUAAUAGUGCAGUUAAUCCGUCUAAGGGAAAGCAAAUGAGUACCGACAGCCAAAUUUUCAAGUAUGCAUAUGCUCAACUUGAGAAAGAGAAAGCUCAGCAACAAGAAUUCAAGGAUCUUACCUUCUCAAGGGUGAUCAAAAUGGCUACGGAUAACAGAAUCAGGAAGCGGCCUUUAAUUGAGAUUUCUUUUAAAGAUCUAACCCUUACUUUGAAAGGCAAAAACAAACAUAUUUUAAGAUGUGUUACUGGUAAUAUCAAGCCGGGUCGCAUUACAUCUGUCAUGGGCCCAUCAGGUGCUGGCAAAACGACACUUCUUUCUGCAAUAGCAGGAAAGGCAGUUGGAUGCAGUAUGUCUGGGUUAAUUUUAAUAAAUGGAAAAAAUGAAUCAAUUCAUUCUUAUAAGAAAAUCAUAGGUUUUGUGCCCCAAGAUGAUAUUGUUCAUGGAAACUUGACAGUGGAAGAGAAUCUAUGGUUCAGUGCAAAAUGCAGACUAUCAGUGGACUUGCAGAAACCAGAUAAAGUUUUGGUUGUUGAAAGAGUUAUUGAGUCUUUGGGGCUUCAGGCAGUAAGGAAUUCUUUGGUUGGAACAGUUGAGAAGCGGGGGAUAUCUGGAGGUCAGAGAAAAAGAGUUAAUGUUGGAUUGGAGAUGGUUAUGGAACCUUCACUUUUGAUCUUGGAUGAACCUACAUCUGGUUUGGACAGUGCAACCUCUCAGCAACUUCUUAGAGCACUUAGGCGUGAAGCUCUCGAGGGAGUCAAUGUCUGCAUGGUGGUUCACCAACCAAGCUAUGCCUUGUUCAAGAUGUUUGAUGAUUUGAUCCUCCUGGCAAAGGGUGGUCUUACUGUGUAUCAUGGACCUGUGAAGAAAGUGGAAGAUUACUUUGCAGGGCUUGGGAUAAUUAUCCCUGAUCGUGUAAAUCCACCGGAUCACUUCAUUGACAUUUUAGAGGGUAUUGUAAUGCCAGAUAGAGGUGCAAAAGUAGAUUAUAAAGAGCUUCCUGUCAGAUGGAUGAUUCAUAAAGGGUACAGAAUACCCCCUGAUUUGAGGCCGAAUACAAUGGAUAUUGCGUCAUCCUCAACAUCUGUGGAGUCUAAUGAUGUUGAGUCUAAUGAACCAAAUCCUACUGAUGCUGAGAUGGAAGAACAGUCUUUUGCCGAAGAGUUAUGGCAAGAUGUGAAAAAUAAUGUGGUGCUGCACCAGGAUAAGAUUCGGCUCAAUUUUUUGAGUACCAAAGAUUUAUCAAGACGAAGAACCCCUGGUGUAUUCCAACAAUAUAAAUACUUCCUUGGGAGGGUUGGUAAACAGAGACUUCGAGAAGCUAAAUCACAAGCUGUUGAUUAUUUUAUUUUAUUACUUGCGGGAGCUUGCUUAGGAUCACUUUCUAGUAUGAGUGAUAAAUUUGGUGCAGCUGCUUAUACUUAUACCAUUAUUGCAGUUUCUCUUCUCUGCAAAAUUGCUGCUUUGAGAUCAUUUUCCAUGGAUAGGUUACACUACUGGAGAGAAAGUUCCUCUGGCAUGAGCAGUUUGGCUUAUUUUCUAGCUAAGGAUACCAUUGACCUUUUCAAUACACUGGUCAAACCUGUGGUUUAUCUGUCAACAUUCUAUUUCCUCACCAAUCCAAGAUCUUCCUUCGGAGAUAAUUAUACUGUUCUUCUCAGCCUUGUUUAUUGUGUUACCGGUAUAGCAUAUGCAUUUGCCAUCUUCUUCGAUCAAGGCACAGCUCAGCUGUGGUCGGUACUUCUUCCAGUUGUCCUGACUCUUAUCUCGUCACGAACAACAGGAAGUAAAAUUGUCAAGACUUUUGCUGAGUUUUGCUACCCUAGGUGGGCUUUAGAAGCAUUUGUGAUUGGUAAUGCUGAAAGGCACUAUGGAGUCUGGCUGAUAACUCGGUGUGGCAAUCUUCAGGGGUUUGGCUAUGAUCUUCAUGAUUGGACUCUGUGCAUACUAGUACUCUUCCUCAUCGGUGUUAUUAGCCGUGCACUUGCCUUCGUUGGCAUGAUAACUUUUCAAAAGAAGUGAUUCCUAAGAACUAGCUAUACGUACCUACAUUUUUCCAUUCUUCUAUCUACAAGCAUACCUCACCAACAGAAAGUUUCAACUUUGAGAGGUUUAUAUUUUCCCCUAACACACACCUGGACUAAGAACGUCCUUAGUAUGUUGACGACGAGAACUAUGAGAUUUUGAUUUUGGUUUAUUUGAGUUACAUUACUGCUAACACACUGACAUACAAAAUAUGUAGAUGAAAGUGGACAGACUAUAUAUAAAUAGGUAGUGGGCAAAGCUUCCUUUUACAUGUUGAUUUGUUGUAUUCUUUAAUAGUGAAGUAUGGUCUUGAUUUUUUGUGUAAGUUGUAAUUAAAUUCAUAUUGUUUAUAUAAAUUAUUGUUAUUCCA